AUUAGAUCUAGCGUGCAGAGAAUUUCAUUUAUUCAUGCAAGUAUUGUCAAGAAGAAGAUGGGGAAGAGAAUACGUCGAAGGUUCAAGAAGGUCAUCAAGACUGUUACCAAGAUCAUCUUCUGUAGAGGUUGCUCAACUCAAGUCAUCCCCAUUGAUGACAAUCAAACUGAUACAAAUCCUAAACAUUCCAAAAUGAAGGAAAAGCUCAAGCAAAAAGUAAUGUCAAGGUCUGCAAAAAAUCGAGCUGAGAGGCCAAUCAAUGAGACCUCCACUCCCAUCACUGUGGUUGCUGCCACCAAUUACUCUACCUCAACAAGGACCAGUAUCGGGCCAGUUGAUAGUGAGACCACCACUGCAGUUGCUACCACCAGUCACUCCACCUCAGCAGGGACCAGUAUCGGGCCAGUUGAUAGUGAGACCACCACUGCAGUUGCUACCACCAGUCACUCCACCUCAGCAGGGACCAGUAUCGGACCAGCUGAUAGUGAAACUCCCACUCCCACUACUAUUAUAAUAGCGGCGAUUGCUACCACCAGUCAUUUUACCUCAGCAAGGACCAGUAUCGGGCCAGCUCAUGGUGAGACCUCAACCACUGUGGCAGCCACUGUUAGUUCAGCAAGGACCACUGGGCCAGAUAGAUGCUCUCCUGAUGCCUCCACUCACACAAAUACAGUAGAUCAAGAAUAUCUACAGGUGAGACCUGGAUGUUAUUUGUACUUUCCCUUUAUUGCAAUUUUCCCUGCGGAAUCUCAGACCAAUGAAAACACUGUUAUGCUGAGUGUAGCAAGUGAACCUGUUGUGAUCCCUAGAAUACCUUCCGCUGAGCUCUUGGAAAAACUCGAGAAGUUCAUAGAGAAUCAGGAGGUUACCAGCCGGCCUUUGCCUGAUCAUUGUGAGAUUGUCGAUGCUUCCUUGCCUUGCGACACUGAGCAAGACGAACCAUUGAAACUCUCUGUUUCAGACAUGUUAUGCAUUCAGAAUGAUCCAGACCUGGCGGAUCAUAUGGACAGAUUCCAAGGGGGUGUUAUCAAACGAGAACCUCUGUACAUCGUUAUCGAUACCAAACUCUCAAGUCCUACUAUCUUCCAGUUUGACCAUCCACUCUUUCGUGAAGGUUGCUUUGCAUCCCGUGUUCACAGAAAAAAGAUAUCUUUAGAAUACUGCUUGUAUGGAUGUGGAAAUGAGUUCACGGGAUUCGUACGGGUGUCUGACUCUGUAUCAGCAAAAAAGUUGUUUGUGUUUUACACACUUGAUGAAUGGAAAUCAUGCACAGACGUUUCAGCCACCUUGAUUAGGACUAAUUACAAAGGAGAGCAAAUGAAUAGAUACGCGUUUGACCUACCGUACUUUAACCCUGGCUGCACUGACUUUGCCUUGUGUUUAGAGUCUGAAGAUGGAAAGAGUUGGUGGGACAAUAAUUACGGCAAGAACUACCGAGUUGGACUCGAUUAUAAUUAUUAGCCACAAACUAAAUGUAUACAGAACUCUUAAUACAAUAUUCAUUGUAAGCAUGCAGUGUAUAAGUUUCUGCAAGCCACAAUUAUGUGUUGAGUUCAAUUCUGUAUUAUUAUAGGCUAUAAUUUUAACUCACACCACAAAGUCAGACUAAUGCGUAAAUUCAUGAUUAUUUAUAUAGAUGUACACACAAACUUGUCACACUGAUAUGUACCCAUAAUUAACUGCAAUUGUAGAUU